GGGACUGGCCUGACUUACCCUAAACAACUAAUCCGCUCCUCCCCCUCCCGCUUGGGGCGUACCAUUCGCGUUUGGGGGGAGGCAACGCGUCCCAGAGUACUCAGAAGCCCUGCUCCCCUUCUUCAGACGGGGAGAAGGCCGAGUGGUGCGGCCCGCCUCCAGCUGACCGGCCUGGAAUCCCGGCUCGGAGCCCCGGACUCGCGCCCGCCCGCGCGCCCGCUCCCUCCCCCUCCCCCCGCCCCGAGCCCCCCGACGCCGCCGCCGUCGCCGCCGCCGCCGCCUCCUUCGAGCGGGGCCCAGGCCCAGCCGCCGCCACCGCUGCCGCCGCCGAGCUCCGCCGCCGCCGAGCACCAUGGGAGACGCCGGGAGCGAGCGCAGCAAAGCGCCCAGCCUGCCGCCUCGCUGUCCCUGCGGCUUCUGGGGGUCCAGCAAGACUAUGAACCUCUGUUCCAAAUGCUUUGCUGAUUUUCAAAAGAAACAACCAGACGAUGAUUCUGCUCCAAGUACAAGUAACAGCCAAUCAGAUUUGUUUUCCGAAGAGACCACCAGUGACAACAACAAUACCUCGAUAACCACGCCAACUCUUAGUCCCAGCCAGCAGCCGCUUCCGACAGAAUUGAAUGUAACUUCACCAAGUAAAGAGGAGUAUUCACAGUCUGAGAAUGAGGCUUCGCCAGUGAAACGGGCACGACUACUGGAGAGUACCGAACGACCUGAGGAAACCAGCCGGUCUAAACAGAAGAGUCGACGUCGGUGCUUCCAGUGCCAAACCAAACUGGAGCUGGUGCAGCAGGAAUUGGGAUCAUGCCGCUGCGGUUAUGUGUUCUGUAUGUUACAUCGCCUCCCCGAGCAGCAUGACUGUACGUUUGACCACAUGGGCCGCGGCCGAGAGGAAGCCAUCAUGAAAAUGGUGAAACUGGACCGGAAAGUGGGGCGCUCCUGCCAGCGCAUCGGGGAGGGGUGCUCCUGAAGGCCAGGCAUGGCCGCCACAUGACGCUGUUCUUAGUUCACUAAUGUUAGCCUUAUUUAGGACAAAGUCAGCCAGACACCUUGUACUGGGCACGCGUCAGACUACAGCCAGUCCGUUUCCUUUCUUUAGCCAGCCAUCCUGGUACUGUAGUUUAGGGGUUGAUGGUGGUUGAAAUUGAUUUCUGGCUGGUUACUAAGGUGCCUGCUAGCCAUUGUAUAAAAUUAAAACAUGAAGAAUAUUUUUUUUUGAGCAUGGCUAGUGGAUUUCAAACAACACAUACCUGUCACUGCUGGAGUCAUACUUAUAAAAAGCCUUAAGCGGAAAGUGUUCCAGAUGGAGACUCUGAGUUAAUAGAGGAGUAGAAGCUGGUGUUAAAGUUCCCAUGACGCACAUGGCUUUGCCAGAAACUCUGGCUAAUGUUCGGCCUUUCACCUCUUCACUUAUCCUUAGUCCCAGUAGCCAGGAUACCUGAUGGCCACGCGUGCCUUGGCCACAGGAGGCUGUUGAGAUUGGCCAUGUGGCUGGGCUGGGUGGUGGCUUCGCUCUCCCACAGCGCUGGAAUUGGGGGCGGGGGGGGGGGGGCAGGUUCUUAGGAAAAUUUUUUACCUGACUUGCUAUGAAAAAACUCUCUCAUCACACGAGAAGAGAAACAAUAACCUCACUUUGAAAAUUAGCUCCACUCAAGACUAGUCCAUGUACGAGACCUAUCUUUUCUACACAGGACCCACGGUCAUGGGAAGCAACCUGACCCCACUGGCUCUGGUUUGCCAUUUGCCAAGUGCAGGGAUCUGGCAAUUGAUCAAAUAAGGCUAAUUACAGCACAGCAGCUGCGGCUAGGAUCUACAAACUGGCCUCUGCAGCUAGAUUUCUAUAUUGGGAGUUUUUAAAAAGACAUUUCAUAGCCGACGGGAAUCAGUAGAAGGGCUGGGGAGCAGGUGGGAAGCUGCCGCCUGCAGGCUCUGCCCCCUCCAGCGGCCGCCUGCCCGGCCCUCUCUGGGCCAAGAGGACAGUGCCACGGCCCAGCCCCUUGUGUCUGCGCAGCUCCGUAGUCCAGGGGACCACCUCUACCACAUAGCAAGUCUGGGAAGGCGAGGCGGCCUGCGUCCCAGGGGCAGCGGGGGGAUCUGUCUAGAACAGUGGUUUGUGGCCGUGGCCCAGCUCCGAGAAGGACCUUCGCUCUGGCAGUGGGGGUGGGAGGGCACAUUUCUCAGCCUGUGCCGCUUCCUGCGGGCAGAGAGGAGUCGGUAGCCAUGGUAGCUCAGGCCAGGUGGGGAGGGUGGAUAUGGGCCUGUUGGCCCAAGUUAGGGAAUCCUCACCGAUCUGGUGGGGGCGGGGAGGGGAGACAGGAUUAAGAUUCCCUGGAAAGCCUGAACAGGGUUGAGUGGGCCAGAGACCCCGUAUGGUCCAGGCUGGUGAGAGUCGGAGGCUCCUGCAGAGGUGGUUUGGAUCUGCCCACGCACAGGCUACUGGAACAGUUUAACCCAGCAAACUUUCCCUUUUAUACCACGACCAACAGUUCGACUGUCUGCAGUUCACAGCCAAACACCUGCAACUACAAAUGUUUUUUGGUCCAGAAUGCUGAAAUAGGAAAUCAUGCUCUUCCCAACCUCUUCCUCCCAUCCCACCCCCACCAGAGUGGAAUCCGCUGCAAAAUCUCCAGCCUUAUUCUUGCUUCAGGACCCAGACCGGUGUCUCUUGCUCUAGGGCAGCCCAGGGCAGAGGGGCCGGGUCUGCCCGCGUUUACCACUGUUGUCAAGCCACGGCCCUCUGGCCAGUGCAUGGCCAUCCUCAGUGAGGCGGCCCGCCCAGGCCCCCCGCCAAGCUCUGAUCCCGAAGAGCCCCCCCCCACGCCCUCCCGGCCCUCCUCAGGCCCCGCCGCUGCUGCCUCGAGGCAGGGAUGGGAAGCAGGCUCUCUGGGGAGCCCAGGGGCACACAGGGCUGCAGCCCAUAUUCACUUCCUGGUGGUAGAGCUGGGGGUGGGGGGGGGGCUUGUCCCCUGCAGUAUCUGUUCUGUGAAGUUUGUUAAAUGUAAGGAAAGCUUAAAUUCUUGUAUCUUUAAAAGAGAAGAUCUUAUUUAACCCUUUUGUGUUUUAGAUUUACUUACACACAUAGCCUAGAGCUCAGUUUUAGUUUUAACAUUGUGAAAAUAUUAAAAGAAUCUUGUAACUUUAUUCUUUUUUCUCCUGCUGAAAAAAAAAAUUAAACCAAUCGUAUGAAA